AUGGAGUGGGUAUCUUUUGUGGAUAGGGAUCUUAGAGAGUCUGUGGUUGAGGUUAGGCAAGUGAAUGAUAGGCUGAUGUUUAUUAAGUUGGUGAUCGGUGAAUGCAUCCUCAAUGUCGUUAGCGCUUACGCCCCGCAAGCGGGCUUGGAUGAGGAGGUUAAGAGGCACUUUUGGGAGGGCUUGGACGAGAUUGUGUGCAGUAUUCCACCUACUGAAAGGUUAUUUAUUGGAGGGAAUUUUAAUGGCCAUAUUGGGGCGGCUGUUGGUAGUUAUGGCGAGGUGCAUGGUGGCUUUGGCUUUGGGGAUAAGAACGGAGGAGGUACUUCGCUGUUAGACUUCGCUAAAGCUUUCGAGCUGGUGAUUGCGAACUCGACUUUUCCGAAGAGGGAGGAGCAUCUGGUGACUUUUCCAGAGUUCGGCGGUGAAGACUCAGAUCGAUUACCUUCUCCUCAGAAGAGGAAGAAGAGGUAUGCUCGUGGCCGACCGAGGAUUAGAUGGGGAGCUUUAACCAAGGAUAAAGCUCGGGAGUUGGAGGGGAGGUUAUCUGCUAUGAGAGCUUGA